CAUACGCACCCAACUAUUCAAUUGAUUACGAAAGCCUGAUGACGUUCUCGCGUCCGUCGAUUAACGUCCAUGUGUCUUAUAGCAUUAUAAAUGCAUUCUUGUUUCCAAACAAAAUUCAAUUGCCAUCCCAUUUCACUGUUUAAAUCAUGGACCAAUUGAAGCCAAGUUCUCCCAAUUCAAGUCCACUCACACCCAUCGGAUUCCUGGAGAGAGCAGCCACUGUCUAUGCCGAUUGCCCAUCAAUUCUUUAUAAUUCCGCCACCUAUACUUGGUCGGAAACUUAUGUCAGGUGCCUGAAGUUGGCAUCUUCAAUUGUAUCGUUGGGAAUCAAGAGAGGCCAGGUGGUUUCUGUGUUGGCGCCAAAUGUCCCCGCCAUGUACGAGCUUCAUUUCGCCAUACCUAUGGCAGGCGCGGUUCUUAAUACCAUCAAUCUCCGCCUCGAUGCACGCACCAUCUCCGUCAUCCUCCGCCAUGCCGAAUCGAAGCUUGUGUUUGUUGAUUGUCAAUCAGAAUCUUUGGUUGUUGAGGCCUUGUCUUUAUUCCCAUCGAAUUCUCAACGUCCUCUUCUUGUUUUUAUCACUGAUGAUGGAUUUGAAUCCCCUGAGUUCUAUAGGAAUUAUGAGGGCAUGGUCCAAGAUGGUGAUUCGAAAUUCAAUUGGGUACGCCCUGAAAGUGAAUUUGAUCCUUUAACGCUGAAUUACACCUCCGGAACAACCUCUUCGCCAAAAGGAGUAGUCCAUAGCCACCGUGGGACAUUCAUUGUUUCGAUGGAUUCGUUACACGAGUGGUCAGUGCCAAAGGAGCCGGUAUACUUGUGGACUCUGCCCAUGUUUCACGCCAAUGGCUGGAGCUUCACAUGGGGGAUGGCAGCGGUGGGCGCCACCAACGUCUGCCUCCGGAAAUUUGAUACGACUGUCAUCUACACCUUGAUACGUAAUCAUAAAGUGACCCACAUGUGUGGUGCACCCGUGGUGCUUAACAUGCUAUCAAAUGUUCCAGACGGAAGUAUAGCGCUAGAAAGCCCAGUUCACGUAAUAACAGCCGGAGCGCCGCCGGCAGCGGCUGUGCUGUUCCGAACUGAAUCGUUGGGGUUUAUUGUGACUCAUGGGUAUGGAUUGACGGAAACUGGAGGUCUGGUUAUCUGUUGCUCGUGGAAGCAGAAGUGGAACAAAUUGCCUGCAACUGAACGGGCCAGGCUCAAGGCCAGACAGGGAGUUAAGACUCCUGGAAUGGCUGAAGUUGAUGUGAUAGACCCUGAAUCAGAAAAGAGUGUCAAUCGGGAUGGGAAAACACUGGGUGAAAUUGUACUGAGAGGAGGUUCUGUAAUACUGGGAUACCUCAAAGACCCUCAAGCCACCUCAAAAUGCAUGAAGAAUGGAUGGUUUUACACAGGCGAUGUUGGUGUUAUGCACCCUGAUGGGUACCUGGAAAUCAAGGACAGAUCAAAGGAUGUGAUUAUUAGUGGUGGGGAGAAUUUGAGCAGUGUGGAAGUUGAAUCUGUUUUGUACAUGCACCCGGCGAUCAACGAGGCCGCGGUGGUGGCGCGGCCGGACGAAUUCUGGGGUGAAACGCCGUGCGCUUUUGUCAGCUUGAAAAUUGGGGCGAAGGAAAAUCUGACGGAAAAAGACGUGAUGGUGUUUUGCAGGGAAAAAUUGCCGCGGUAUAUGGUGCCAAAGACGGUGGUUUUCAAGGAUGAGCUUCCCAGGACGUCCACUGGAAAAAUUCAAAAGUUUGUGCUCAGAGAAAUGGCCAAGAAGAUGGGGUCGAUCAAGACGAGUAGGCUCUAGCGAGUUGGAAGGGAGUCAACUCAGUCCGAGUUGAGAUGUUAAGAGAAAAAAUCAAUUUCUAGUAUUUGGGAAAUUCAGGCACAAAACUUUUCACGCUAUCGUUUUCUCUUUUCUCUGUUUUUUAUUAUUAUUUCUCGUUGAUGAGUCUAAUGAUCACAAAUAAUCCUCCUCAACUUUGUGGUAACAAUAAUUCUUCUCAGGCAGGGGGCCUACAUGGCCCUGUAUCUCCGGCAUAAUUCUUGUGGUAAAGAAGCCGACAUGAAGACUUCCAUUGAUCAAGGCGCGUCGGUGUAGUGAGUGAGGACAGAGUCAAUCCAAUUCGAAUUGCGAUGUACAAAAGUCCAUUUGUAUUAUUAUCUUGUCCCAAUUAUAUAAACUAGUUUCAUUUUUCACAUGAUUAA